GGUGUAUGGCGGAUCCCGGAGCUCGCAUCCAGACACGGAUAUUUUACACCGCCAAGCGUAUGCCACUCCCCAUCCUCUGCAGGGCUAUGCCACAAACCAUCACCCAGCAGGUCUUUCCGGCUUAUUCGAGACUGGGCUCCAUCAUGCCAGCAGUGCCACCCCCGAUGCCUCUGUCAUGAACCUCAUCUCGGCCCUGGAGUCGCGGGCACCACAACCAGGCCCUUCUGCUUCCUCCCUGCUCUCCCAGUUCCGCACCCCAUCCUGGCAAACAGCCAUGCACACGCCGGCGCCCGCUGAGCUCUUCAUCUCAGGGGCCCUCCCAGGCUCCGGCACCUUCCCUUCCUCAUCGGCGCUCUCUGCUUACCAGCAUCCGGCCUCUUUCAGCGGGCGCAGCUUCCCGGUCACUUCAUCCCUGACUCUCCAGGAUGCCACUUUCAGCCCAACGUCCAAUGGCCUGCUGUCCCCCCAUGAUCCCCUGCUUCACAUCAAAUCCUCUCAGCCCAGCGUCCCUUCGUCCCUCAGCUUUGACCGGCUGGGCAGUGCGGUACUGGGUACGGGCUUGCCCUCUCAGAGCUCAGCGUACCGUAGUGCUCAAGAGUCAGCUUCCCGUCACCUCCCCUCCCAGUUCAACCUGUUGUCAUCCUCGCUGGGGCCAUCUGACCAGACAUCCCAGCUCUACAACACCUCAGUCUUCUCCAGUUCCCCUGCCUCCUCCAUUGAGCGGGCCAUCCCCCGGCAAGAUAGCGUGAUCAAACAUUACCAGAGACCUUCCAGUGCCCAGCCACAGCUGCCUGCCGCCCAUUCUCUCCAACAUUAUCUGAGCUGCGGGGGCAGUUACCAGCAGAUGCCCCACCGCUCCAGCCUUUCAUGCAGUCCCUUGGGUGAGCAGUCCCCCGCCAGCAGCGAAGGCUCUCAGCAGCAGAAGACUCCCCAGGCCACGCGGCAAGAGCCCUCUCAAAGCUACCGUCCCAUUAUUCAGUCUCCUGGCUAUUCUGGUACCACUUCGUCUUCAAAAUCCAAGAGUUACUCAGCCUCCCGCCAGCCUCCCCGUUCUACAGCCACGCCCAAGUGCCAAAGCAACUACAGUUCAUCCACACCCAAGCCCAGCUCUGUCAUUGCAAGCCAGUCACAGGCCUAUUCGCCUGGUCAGCCUCAGAGUCUCCUUUCCAUGAGCCAAACACAGAGUUACUCUGUCAGCCAGCCCCAAAAUCUCUCUUCAGUUAGCCAGGCCUCACAAGGCUUCAGCAGCAACCAGGCCCAGGACCUCACGAGUGUGAGUAAAGCUCAGAGUUAUUCGACCAGCGGGCAGGCUCAGCAGGGCCAAGCUGGGCAGGGAGGGCAAGGACUGCAGACUUGUCAAAAUCAGACUUACUCUCCUGAGCAGCUGCAAGGCUUGUCAUCUGUUGGGUACAGUGUUCAGGCUGAGCCCCAUGUCUCUGUCAGCCAGACACCGAGCUAUGUACCGGCUCAUUCGCAAGGGAUGCCCACAGCUAGCCCAUCGUUGAGUUACAGCACCGGCCACUCUCCAGCUAUGCCAGGGCACAGCCAGUCCAUCGGCUACUCCCAUGGGCAGAACCUUCCAGAUUCGAGUCCUUCCCAGAUCAUCCGGCCUCUCCAGUCACCGACCACUAACCGGCCCCAGAGCGUGGCAUCGCCUGGCCAGUCUCAGAAGUAUCUCACUUCUGUACUGUCUCCUUCAUUCAUGCAGACGGCUCACACGCAAAGCUACCAGGGUUCCCAGGGUGGGUUAGAGAGAGCAUCGUCUUACAGUAAAGCCAAGGCUGACUCGGAUCUGCUGUCAUCUGAGCGGACUGAAGAUGAAGAGUUCUUGAUCCAGCACUUGCUGCAGUCGCAGAGCCCACCAAGAGUGCCCACAGAAGGCAUGGUAGAAUGUGAGGAGAGGGCAGGGAAAGGGAUGGGCUAUGAGUUAAGCAAGACUGAAGAGCGAUAUCACUUGCAGAGCGUGAUUCGGACCAACUCUAAUCUGGACAACCAGGGCCUGGAGAUGUCCUUGCAAAGCUUAAAAGACAAGAAGAAAGGAGAGAGGUCCAAAGAGUACCCUCACACACGCUCAACUCCAGAGUCUUUGGCCACUUCUGUGGUCCAUUACAGCCAUCAAGCUGGCUCUAUAGACUCUUAUGGGCAAGACAUAAAGAAGUCAGUGGAGCAGCACCUCCAGGGUGGCCACAUGGAUGCAGGUGGCAAGGAAAUAUCUCAGGCCCAUUCUUAUUUGCAGAAGACUCCUGAGCAUGCCUCUCAGCCUCAUCCCAUGGAGUCCCAUGGAUUGAUGGCUGGCCAGCAGGGUGCUACCCUGAUGUUGGACUCUCCUCCUGAUUUGCCCCCUCUUUCCCUUUCCCAGCAGCAGCAGCAGCAACAGCAGCAGUCCCAGCUGCUCCAGUCGGUGCUCACUCACACCCAAAGCCAGAUGCACUCUCGUGGGAAGGUUCGCACCCCACUGGAUGUCCAUCUUAUGGAGCCUCAGCGCAUGCAUCAGGCUGAAGCGCCCUCGCCACAGCUUCAGAUGCAGGCAUUGGAAGCCCACCUCCACCAGGCCCACGUUCGUUCCCAGAGCAUGGAAGCACAGCUUCUUGAGCCACAGCAGUCCCCUCAGCUCCAAGGCCAGCUGCAGCCAGAAAGGAUGCAGUCUGAGGGCAUGGAGGUGAUGCCCCAAGGCAACCUUUCCCAGUCCCAAGAGAUCCAGGACUUCUUAGAGCCCGAGCUGAGCUUGGAAUCCCACCUGGGACAGAGUGGGGCAGUGCAGAGUCAACAGCAUCUCCUUCCUGAUUCCAGUUUGGACCCCGACUCCUCUCAGCAAGUUCCUCAAGGCCAACUUGAGGGCAAGGACCAGUUUGAGAGCCCCAGCCCUCAAGGAGCCAAGCAGCGGUUUGUUCCCCUCACCUCCAUCUGCUUCCCAGACUCUUUGUUACAAGAUGAAGACCGUAGCUUCUUCCCUGGAAUGGAGGACAUGUUUGGCCCCCCUCCCUGUGCCGGGGAUGAGUUCCCUAAGCCAGAUGAUGGCACGCAGGGCAUGGAGAGGGGUGAAGGAAUGAAAGGGGGAGGCUAUGAUAUGAUGCCUGGUGGGCAAGGCUACCAGAGCUACUGUCAAUCAGAAAGUGGGGAUGGGCAGCACUUGGGGUUAGACACAGUGUCAGUGAAACACGAGUUGCCUUCUACAGUCAACACAGAACAACUGGGACUGAUUCAAUCUGGCCAACAUGGGACAGCUCCGGUUUCAGAAUCCAAGUCAGGCCUGACAUCACCAAUCUUCUGUUCUUCCAAGCCCAAGAAGCUGUUGAAGACUUCCUCCUUCCAUUUGCUGAAAAAACGGGAACCACCUUUCCAACCUCCCAAAAAGAACUAUGCCCAGGAGUAUGAAUUUGAAGACGAUGAGGACAAGGAGGAUGUCCCAGCUGACAUCCGCCUCAAUAGCCGCCGCCUGCCUGAUCUGCUGCCUGACCUCAUUUCCAGCUGCCGGACAAACCGGACCAGCCUUAGCCCCAUGGGCGACAUAGACUUUUGCCCACCAAACAGCGGCCUCAUGGAGGGGCCCAAGCGGCGAGGCCGCAAGCCCACCAAGCCUAAGCGGGAGGGUCCGCCCCGCCCCCGUGGGAGGCCCCGCAUCCGGCCCCUGACUGAACCGCCUCACGGUGUGGCUCACGAUGGCACCAAGAAGCCCCGUGGCCGGGGAAGAGGGAGGGGCAAGAAAGCCGGGGAGGAGGGGGUUGAGCCAGGCCCAGGCUUGGAAUCCCUCAAACCACUCAAGAUCAAACUGCCAGUCCCCAAAGGUUUGGAGGGAUCUCAGUUGGAGGCUCCCACCCCAUCUCACCAGCCCACCCAAGAGAGCAGCUUGGAUAGCAACCAGACCAGAGAGAAGAUCAAACAGAAGAUCAAAGAGGUGGAAGAGAAGCAGCCUGAGAUGAAGUCAGGGUUCAUGGCCUCCUUCCUGGACUUCUUGAAGUCAGGCAAGCGUCAGACGCUGCCUUCAUCCUCCACCUCCUCAGCAGCCACAGUUGGGGCCUCCAGCGCAGCAGCUCCCGUGGUCUCUUCUGCAGGCAGCCCAUCCAAGACGCCUCGCCCCCCAUCGGCUACAUCUUCCUCCUCCCAGCCCCCACCCCCCUUUAGUGUGGCACCCCCAAUGUUACCUGGUGGUUUGGAUGGACCAGAAGGAGAUCCAGCUGGGCUUGUCAUGAGCUGCACCAGCCCCUGCAAACGGCUUGACGAGGAGCUGAAGCGUAACCUGGAGACAUUGCCCUCAUUCUCAUCAGACGAGGAAGACUCUGUCAGCAAGAACCAGGACCUGCAGAAGAGCAUCUCUUCAGCCAUCUCGGCGCUCUAUGAUCCCACUGACCGUAAGGAUGGAGAACCCAGUGAUGUGCCACCAGUGGAGGUGAAGGUCCCCAGCCCUGCUCCUUCAGUGGAGGCAGAUGCCCAGCAGGAGCAGCCACCCCCACCCAUCUCCCCAGCUCCCUCACUCAAGGAGCCUCCCCCAGUGCUCGAAGAGCCACCACCCCAGGCAUCUCCUGAGCCUGAAGACCCUGAGGACACACGGCCUCUUCACCUUGCUAAGAAGCAGGAGACUGCAGCCAUUUGUGGAGAGACAGAUGAAGAGGAGGUGGAGAGUGGUGGGGAGGGGAUCUUCCGAGAGCGGGAUGAGUUUGUCAUACGUGUUGAGGAUGUUCAGGCUCUCAAGCUUGCACUUCAGACUGGGCGGGAACCACCUCCAAUCUGGCGAGUACAGAAAGCUUUGCUUCAGAAGUUUACACCUGAAAUCAAGGAUGGGCAGCGUCAGUUCUGUGCAACCAGCAAUUAUCUGGGCUAUUUUGGUGAUGCCAAGAACCGGUACCAACGACUCUAUGUUAAAUUCUUGGAGAAUAUCAACAAGAAAGAUUACGUCCGUGUCUGUUCCAAGAAACCUUGGCACCGGCCUCUGCAAGCCGUCAGGAGGCAAAGCCAGCCCAAGGCGUCUACCCCCAAGGUUCCCGUGGCGCCCAAGGUUGAGAAACCUGAGAAGCUGGAAGUCCCAGAGAGAGCUGAGAAACCUGACAGGCCUAUUAAGACCGAGAAGCUCCCCAAGGCUGAAAAAAUGGACAAAGCAGAGAAGCCUCCCAAAGCUGAGAAAGGACCCAAGCCAGAAAAGGCCCCCAAGGUGGAGAAGUCUGAAAAGCCCCCCAAGGCAGAGAAACCAGCCAAGGCAGAGAAGCCCCCCAGAGUGGAAAAGGCGGAUCCUCCUAUGCCUGUGCUCACAAAAACUGCCCCAGGCGGUGGAGCUUCUAAACCCAAGCCGAAGCCGGCCAAGGUAAAAGCUGAGCCGCCCCCCAAGAAGAGGAAAAAAUGGCUCAAAGAAGCAGCAUCUUCUUCGGACUCAGAUUCCAGCCCUGACCAGCAGAGUGAGGAGGAACGUGUGCCCACAGGCCGCAUUCUCAAUACACGAGCCAUGAAGGAGAUGUACCGCAGUUACGUGGAAAUGCUGGUCAGCACUGCCCUUGACCCAGACAUGAUCCAAGCUCUUGAGGAUACAAAUGAUGAACUGUAUCUCCCGCCCAUGAGGAAAAUUGAUGGGAUUUUGAACGAUCAUAAGAAAAAGGUGCUGAAGAGAGUGUCCCUGAAUCCGUCGCUACAGGAGGCACUCCAUAUGUUCCCCCAACUCCAUGCCGAAACAUGCGAUACCACAGUUAAGUUGCGCCCAGGUGGUGAACCUUAUAACCGCAAGACGCUCAACAAACUCAAGAAGAAUGUAUCCAAACCGCAGGAAUUCAAUGUGGAAGUGGAGAAGUCCUUUUUCUACACUCUCUACCAUUCCCUUCACCACUACAAAUACCACACCUUUCUGCGUUGUAAGGAUGAGACGACGGCAAUUGAGGGUCAAGAUGAAGACUUGGGCCAGGAGGAGGUGGUGCAGCAGUGCAUGCGCAACCAGCCAUGGCUGGAGAAACUGUUUGACUCCUUCAGUGAGUUGCUGACUCAGGCGCAAAGCAAAUGUGCGUGACACCACCAUCAGAGCCACGCCCCAGGAGGGGCCGCCUAACGCCUGCCCCUCUGCAGAGCCAGAGCAGGAAGUGGGGAGAGGAAAGUCGAGGGGUACCAUUACAGGCAACGAGUUCAGACUCAGCUCACCACCAUCACCACCACCGCCACCACCCCUUCUCCUUGGGGGUUUCUCUUUUUCCUUAAACAGGACAUGGGACAAGCCUCCUGUUACGGUGGUGGAGGGUGGAGGUUUGCGAUGGCAGACAGGACAUGUUGAGGAGGGUUCUCAUCAAAUCAUUGGAUGGUUGGAACACCCCUUUCCCUUUUGCCCUGGCUGUACAGAGAAAUAUUAUUUAUAUAUAAAUGUAUAAAUAUCUAAUUGAACAGCCUUGCCCCCUGCUCAGGUGGGGGUUGAGAAUAGGGGAACCCAUUGGAAGGUCAGAGGAAUGGCGGUGUGUGAUUUAGAGCCGAAAAUCUUCUCGAUUUCUCUCAAUGGAGUGAGUUGACAGUAGUGAGAUUGGCGAAAAUAGAAGGACCAGGAUUUCCUGGGUUCUAUCCUGCAUCUCUUCCAUCAAGAACCUUUACUUCUCCUUAGGGAGAGUUGAGAAUUGAGCAUGGGGGGAUGGUGCAUUGGCCACCCUUUAUACAGUGUCUAGCUCCUCUUAUCCAUAGUCUGAUCAGGAAAUAUGACCCCUGUUCUCCGACAACUCUAAUCCCAUCUCUGCCAAAUAACGGUUGUUUGGAGUGAAGGGAAGCCAUCCAUCCUUACACUAAUGGCGAUCACUUCUAUUUUUGCUUCCAACAGGAAUAUUUAUUGCCAAGCUCCCUGUUCCCAAUCAUAACUGGCGGCACAGAUUUUCUCUCUUUCUGGAGAAACCCCCCUUUCCCUCCGUCCCCCCCUUGUGUUUUCAUGGGGCAAUUGCUGCUGGAGGAUUCACUUUUUUGCCAUUGAAUUGGGGAUUCCAGCUCAUUUGGACAUGUGGAACGUUUCCCUAUUCUUCCCAGUCUCCUUUCUGAAUAGAUAGCAGUAAAUGGGCAGGGGAGAGCCUAGUGACAUCUAUAGCAACCUGCCAAGACUGUAGCAAGACUUCCUGAAAUUCCCCUCCCCUCCCCCAGAUUUCACAAUUGCCCCCCCCCUUGGAUCAUGGGAGGAAUGUAUAGAGGGCUUUAGAUAUGUCCCUUCCCCUGUGGUAGAUCUGCACUUCUAUGAGGGAGGGAUAAUUGUUUAUUUUUCCCCAUUCUCCCCAUAUUAUGGUGUCUGACAAGGCAGGAUUCUGCUCCCCCCUCUCUGCAGCUGUAUAUACUGUAUAGGAUAAAAAGUCUAUGUAUCAUAUUGUAUUUGACUAACUUGAACUUAAUGAUGCGCAGGAGUUUCUUUCUCUCUCUCUCUCCUUUCACCUGUAGCUGUGACGUUCUUUGGUUUCGACUGAAACUUUCAUUAGGAGGUUGUUAAUUUUUUUUAUCAUUGUUGUUGUUAUUGAGGGGGAAGGGAGAUUUUGUGUCCCCUACCCCAUCCUGCCUCCUAAACAAAGUUCCCUCUCCAACCCUAAACUGAAAUGAUAAACUCUGAUGAGCUAGAGGAUGAAGACCUUGUCUUAGUUACCCUUUCUUCAAUUCACAGGUGGGCUCCCCACCCCUCAUCUAGCCAUCCAUUAUCUUGUCCCCUUCCCAGAUCUUCCUAAUUACAUCAAACACACACCUUGGCCAACUGUUAUCCUUCCCUGCUCCCACCCCGGAUCUUCUACUGACCUCCCAAAUCAAUCCCUUACUUGAAUGUAGAUCUUCCUAUGUCAGAUUCCCAUCUCCCUGCCGAAGUCUACCUCAUUCUUCCUCCAUUGCUAUUUCUCCCUCCUCCGCAUCCAUUUGAUUUUUUCCCAUCAAGUCAUCCUUUAUUCCUGGCCCAUCUCCUCUAGAGCCUUGUUCCUCCUUCCUCACUAAGCAUUCCUCCAUUUUAAUUUUCCUUCUGCUCUUAGAAGAACUUUGGUCUUUCCAAGACUCCUGAUUUCUUUCCACCUGCCCAAAUCAACAGGACUUCUGGGAGUUGCCCCAAUAUACUUUUCAGAUUUUGGGUAGUGGGGAGGGAGGUGUGAAAAGGUACUUCAGGGAUGGAGGGAAAUAAAUCCCACCUCAGAAUUGGUGGUCUCAUCGUAAAGAACUACUUCAAACAAAUCUCUGAAGGGCACAGAAAUGUGUUAAGACCCAUUUGGUUACUUAAGUCAGUGUCCCUAAUAUAUGCACACAGAUUCUGCUAGAUCUCAUUUUCUCCCUCUCUCCCCUCCUUAUUUAUUGUGGAUGAAAAGAGGUUGGCAAGUGUGUAUGUGAGUGUGCGUGGUGGAGGGGGGAUGGAAUUUGGUGAAUGAGCCCUAAUCAAAGAGAAUGGUUUUAAAGAGAAGAGAGUGGCCUGGCUUCCUUUGAGUAUUUUAAAGCUUGCAAUUUAGAUAUUUUUAAAACAGCUUUCCCUGAUAAACCAGGUUACUGAUAGCUGUUCGGCCUUAGAAGUGAUGGAUUGUGACAGGUAGCUGUGUGUGGAAGUGGGGUUAGCUGAACAUGGGUUUGGGGAAAUGAGAGAAUGGAGUUGGGGGGAGUCUUUCAUAGUACAGGGUUAAUUUUAGAGGGACCUAGAGCCUUGGCACUUCUUUGGGACAAUAAACUUGCACCAUCAAUCCCAUGCAGAACCUUACUAAACCAUUGCUCCCGGUUGGAGGGGCAGAGUAGCCAAACUUGAGCACCCAGAAUUGGACAGGCCCAGCUCUGAGUUGAUCAAGGACAAGUGCAACACACACACACACACAGACAGACACACAUGUACAGCCCAAUUUCCUGUGACAAAAAAAGACUUUCCUCCUCCGCCACCCACCCUUAUAUUUGGAUCUUGAAAGGCCCCCUUUUUUACGACGUGUAUUUCUGUGUAUCUUGUUCGCGCCUCAAGGGUAUUGUUCUGAGAUAUGGGAUUUGUGUUCUGUAUUAUUGGAUGUUCCUAUAUAUUUUUAUUGUUUAUUAUUAGUGUCUGAGACGUUUUUUUCUCUCAAUAUGUAAAACUCACAUUGUAUACUGUGUACACAACAAAAUGACAAAAAACACUUUUCUUUGCAAAAAUCAAAUGCCUGAAGCACAGCUUUGUUCAUUUUGUUGAGAUUGGGGUGGCCAUGGAAAAAAGGAGGGCAGAAGUAGGAUGGGUAAUGAUGGGGGAAAAUAGACUCCCACCAAGCCUGCCUAGGUCCAUUUCUCCCAUUGAAGCAGGAGACCCUGGUUCUUGGUCUCAACAUCUUGGUGGUCUGAUCCAUAUUCCGAAGUUUACCUAAACCCUCGCUCAACAUUUUCCUCCUGCGCAAUUCCUGAAGGCCAUUGGGCACUAGGAACACUAUUCCUGGUUCCACUUUUUAUUUACGGUGCUUCCCUAUCAGAUGAAAGAUUAUCCACAUCAUCGCAACAGUACAUGUGCCUGCCAGGCAGAAUAGCAGCACUGUUUUAGUUACAAACUAGGACAGCAGCCCACGUGGGGCAGAGGCAGUCUUUCCAGUAAUGUCAAUUAGACGUCAUAAAGUCUUUUCUAUUGGUCAGUUACUGUGUAUUUUCUAUUGGUUCUAUUCUAUCUGUGUAUUUUCUGUUGGUCAACUUCCAAGGCACCCUUCCUUAUCUGUCAUUUAUUACAAAAUUCUAUUUCCAGUGGUGGUUUCAUUGCUAUUUUGUAUAUAUAACUUUUGCACAACUUUAGUAGUAAAAUGCCGAUUGCAUAUUGCUCAUACUGAGAAAAAAAGAUACUGCUAUUCCUAUAGAUUUGUAAAGAGGAUGCAGAAUUUAGAAACUUGUUUCAGGUUGGAGGAAGCAUUUUUUUAUCUGGGAGGAAUUGCACUG